AUGCAGUCUUCGCACGCAAAAUUGUUUGCCCUGUCCAAAAAUGCUGAUGCAACUUUGGCAGAGUACAAUAAGAUCAUUAAUGACUGCCAUAAAGAAAAGAAAAAAUACGAAGACCCUUCAUUUUAUCCUAAGCAACAAAUCAAUCCAAAGGAUGCACGAAUUUUAAAGGAUGCUGAAUGGAAAAGAAUAGAAGAAGUAUAUGGUACUAAUAUUUUUGAUGAUAUCAACGAGUACGGAAUUUGUCAAGGAGAAUUAUCCGAUUGCUACUUAUUAUCAACUUUAAUUCAGAUGACAAACAAACCAGCUAAUGUCCGCGCCCUUUUUCAAGAUCCUAUUGACAUCAACACCGGCUGUGUUUGUGUUAAAUUCCAAAUUUUCGAAAAACCGGCUUAUGUAAUUAUUGAUACACUCAUUCCUUUUACACAAUCAAAAGAUGAUCAGCCAGGUCAGCCAAUCUUUUCUUACCCUCGUACAGAAAAUGAUUCUUACUGGUUUGCACUUAUCGAAAAAGCAUAUGUCAAAAUGCUUGGAAGCUGCAGGGCUGUUAAGGGAUGUGCAGCAAUUACAUCCUGCUAUCAUAUUCUUGGAUAUUCUCCAACAUCAAUUAAAUUACAAGAUUUAAAGGAAACUCCAUCCGAACAAAUUCAAAAACUACUCGACAUUAACGGUGAUGUUUACGCAUCUAUUGACAAAAAUGAGGAAGCUGUUAAACUUGGCCUAAUCGAAGACCAUACAUAUGCUGUUGUUGGUCUCAACCAAGUCGGAGGCUACAAAUUAAUACAUUUACGCAAUCCAUGGGGCCGCAUGGAUGACUGGAAUGGCAAUUUUUCAGCCAUGUCCGAUAAAUGGGCGAUUGGAUUUAAGCGCCAAGUCGGAUACAAAGAAGGUGGCCACUUCUGGAUCAGCGAUGGCGAUUUUAACUCCUAUUUCGCUUCAAUUUCUGCCGGUAAACCAUUACUUAAAGGCUGGUAUCAACAAUCCGCCGAAAUUGAUAUAGAACCAGGCGACAACGAUGGUCGUACUCUAUUUGGCAAUGGCCCAUUUGUUGGAAAUCUCAAGCAAUUCGUUGUUACUUUCUCAGAACCAUGCAAAGUCGAAGUUCUUUUCGAAGAAAUUUGCGAAACUCAUCACAGCCAUGCAGUUUUCAUGGAACAAAACGAGUCAACCAAGGUCAGCCAAGCCGGAAAAGACUAUUUCGUCAUCAAAUCUUCUGAUGAAACAAUUUCGGAUAUCUGGGAUGUCAAAGAUGUAUCACAACCAUACACAUUAGUGAUGGCACGUGAACAUACACAAGAUAAACCAGCUCAUUACUAUGUUCGCAUGAGAGCACCAUGCAAAUUUACCAUUGAACCUCUUCCUGACCCAGAUUACGAGCACAUGCACAAAGCCGAGCUCUCUGUCACUCUUUCUCCAGGUGAAAUGGACGGAAGAUAUCCUGGAAAAGGUAAAAACGUGUCAGCAAGCCAACAAUGGAAAAUUGACCUCAAAAAACCGACAAAACUUUACAUGCGUGUCAGAAAGGAGAAGUACGGAAAGGAAGACAAGAAAGGAGAUGGCGAAAAGAAGGUUGGUCCAAAGGUUGCUGUUUUCCUCGGCCACGCGAUGAAAGAUGGAAAAGUCAGCAGAAAAUUACGUGAUUAUUUCCUUGUAACAAAAAGAAUCCAUGGAUUGGCACCUUUAGAAGAAUGGUGUUGGAAAGUCACUGAUCUCAGACGCCCAUUGGUUUUCGGUGUAAGUAGAGACGUAAUGAACAAAGACCUCAAAAUCGACAUCGAAAUCUUUUGUCAAGAUCAGGAAAUAAAUCUUCAAAAAGUGACAGAAUUUGAAGAUUUACCAAAUGAUUUUGUUCAAAAAAUCGAUGGUAUUUUGAAAUCUGAUUGGACAGAUGACAGAUCUCCUUACGGAACAAUCGAAGGCCUCUCAUGUUUACAGCAAUUUAAGUUGACUGUAAAUGACAUGAAAAGAAUGUAUUUCGUGUUUAGACAUGAUGGAGAAACUAAACACAGAAUUGCCUUGCAAAAGACAUUCCAUCCAAUUGACCAUUUCGGUGUUGGCGAGGACGAGUACUUCGAAACAAACAUGAAGUACGAAAGGUUCUAUUUCGAUCCAACACCAGGUGUUUGGCAUCUUUGUGUUCAUCGCGAAAAAGAUAAAAGAAAGGACACGAAAUGGUCAUUGGAAAUUCACUGCGAAACAGAAUUUUCAAUUGAAAAAGUUCCACUUCCUGAUUACGAGAAUCUUUACUUGAACAAUUUGAAGAUCACACUUGAUUCCAAGCGUUCAAUUGGUGGUGCAGAUGGAAUCUCUCCUUUCAAGAGCGAUUUGACUCCUUUAACACAAUGGAGAGUUUUGUCACCAGUUGCACAAAGAAUCUAUGUUAUCUUGAAGAACAAGAAAGGUCCAAAUCUCCAGAUCGCAGCUUUCAUGCAAGACAACAAUGGUCAGAAAGCUAAAUGCGCGUACGAAGGAGUUAAAGACUGUUUCUACAAAUUGAAAGCUAAUUCAAGAAGUGAAUUAUUCGUUUUCGAUGUUCCUAAAAUGGAAUUACCAUGGUCACUUUGUGUUACAAGAUUAACGAAACACCAGUCUUCAACAAAGAUUUCUCUUUCUUUGUACACAGAAUAUCCUAUUUCAAUCACACAAAUCGAUGACCACAUUGAUGAUUACGAUUCAAGUUCAUCUAGCUCUAGUUCUAGUUCUGACAAGAUGCAUAAGAAACAAAGGAGAGAUUCAAGUUCAAGUACAAGCACAGUUAAAGAAGAAAAUGAUUUCGUUGAAGGUUACCAUGAAUCCGAAGAUUAUCCACUCGAUGACUACAAGAAAGACAGAGUUUUCAUCGAACAAACAAGAAACGAAGUCAACAAAGAGAAACCACCGAAGAAAGAAGAUGACGAAGAAGAGAAAACAAUGGUCGAAUAUCUCGAUGAAUUAUACGAGAAGAGACAAGACCAAGAAGCAAUGUGGUCAAGAGUUAAACCUCUUGAUAAACAAAAGAAAGAAUUGUCACAAAUAUCAACAGUCGGAGAUGAAUGUGAAGUUGACUCACACAAUGUUUUCACAGCUCCUCAAUUUAUUGUUACAUGUUCAUCACCAGGAACAAUGUUUAUCGAUGUAACAAAGUCAAAUGAUUCUCCUGUCACUUGUUUUGUUACUCCUACAGUUUCUACACACAGAGUUUUCUUCGCAAGAUAUUCUAAAUUGUUUGAAGGAAACGGCCAAAUGAGAAUUGACAUUGAUGACAACACUAAUCCAUUCGCAAUCGGUUUCUUCACAGAAGAAGGUAAAGAAGUCAAUGUCAAAUUCUCAGUCAAACUCGAUAAUUACUUUGACACAGAAAGUCAACAGGAACAGACGAGUAAACGAUCAGAUUACCAGAAAUACUUUGGUGAUAAAGAGAAGAUCAAAGUAUCAAGAGAUGAUAUCAAACCAGAAGCACGAAUUUAUGGUAAAUUGGAUAUGAAACAAAGUGAUGAAAUCGAAACAGUUCCAUCUAAGAAAUUCGAAGGCAAAUUGACAAAGAAAGAUUCAAGUCAUAACUGCUUCGGAUCCGGAAAUGGAUUGACUCUUUUGAAACAAGUCCAAUUGCAUUUCAAGAAAGCAACAGAAUGUGCUAUUUCUUUGUCAAAAGAAAACAAAGAAAAACACAUGAUUGCUUUACAAAAGAAGAAAGGAAGGAUUGCCCAUUUCGUCACAAAUCUUGAUGAUGCAUUCUUCGAAACAACCUCCAAGAAAGACUCAUUCGGAUACAGAUUCAGUCGCGGUGACUGGACAUUGUGUGUUUUCGCUCCAGAGCUGUCAACAGAAUCCAAAUACAACUUGGAAAUUUCUUCAUACGAAGAUUUCGGUUUGGAAAAUCUCGACAGGCUGAAAGAAGACGAAUUAGAGAAGUCUGAAAUCGAAGCUAAGAUUGAUACAUUCGGCAACAUCUUCAAGAACAAAUUGACAACACUUCAGCAGUGGCAUAUCACAUCUCCAUCUAAACAGACAGCGAAGAUUGUCCUCAAGAGGAAAUCAGGACCUCCAUGCUCCAUCAUUUUCUUCAUCCAAGAUUUCGGAGGAAGGAAGAUCAUUGCAUCUCUUAAAGGAAUUCCAGAGAAGAAAUUCACAUUGGUAGAUAACGCCGAGAAAGAAGAGUUCGAUUACGAUUUCUCUAAGGAAGGAACUGUUACAUGUUUGUUCACGAGAUUACCUGCCAAAAACCUUGAAAACGACAAAGAUAAUGAUGAAGAAUCAAAAGUUGAAGUCGAAAUUUAUACAAAAGACAAACUAUUGAUCAACGAAUUUGUUGGUGACGAAUAUACUGAUGAAAUGAAAUUUCGAGAUCAAAAGUUUAUUGAUGAUUUUAAGAAUCAACAACCGAAAUAA